AUGGAUGAUAUCCAGAUCGCUCCCUCCUUGAAGUACUCAACCACCGAUGCAGCGCCUGAUACUCCAAAUCUCACGCUUUCGCUAGAGCUGCAAGGACUUAGCGACUCCAAGAUCGCCAAACGAAAUUCCAACAGUGGAAUUAUCUUCCGCAUCCAUCGAAAUACUGAUGACCACGACCAGCCCUGCUCGUUCUACUGGUCCGAGACUGUGGAUGCCUGGGGCUCCGGAGGCUUGGUGCUCCUUCGGCACAACCAGGGCCAACUAGAGAGAGUCAGUCUCCCUUCUGAGCCAUGGCGGGCGCAUGAUCCGAGAGAGCGGAUCGCGCGAAAUCCCCAUCGUCUGUUUGAGCUAAAGCCCGGUGAGAGUACGUGGUUUUUUGCGGGUAUUCCAGAAAGUUGGCUCGACACUAUGGUGUCGGGGGAGAAGUACGAACUGUUAUGGCCUGGUGGUGAGAUUUACUGGUGGGCAUGGGGCGGCAUCGCAGAAAAUGAAAUCAGGUCGCGUGAUGGUCUACCCCGUGCCCUUCUUUCAGGGACGCCUCGUGUGUCGUUCACGGUGGUUGAAGAGCCACCGGCUCCUCUAUACGAGACACCACGGCCAAAAUGGCCCCAAAAUCCAGCUCCUAGGACACCGCUAUUCACAGUUGUCCUGACUGGCGCUGGAAGUAUGGAAAUGACAGAUGUGAACUUUCAGCUGGUACAAACAGUCACGUAUCGAGGUCUUGUCUCCAAAGAUCCAGGCGCCGAUCCAGAGCCGGCCACACAGCUGAUCACCUUCGAUGCCUUCAAUCUCAUGAUUCCUUUUGAAUGGGCUUUUCGGUCCCGAGGGAACAGCGAAUGGGAGUACUGCCAGGAUCAAAGCGUUGAUUGUGCCUUGACCGACUUGAUAUACGAUAGCGAGACUGCUGUGAAUGUCGGUAAGGAUCGUAGAUGGAUAAGCCUUGCUCCUGGGGAGUCGUGGAGCCAGGAACUUGAAAUUGACGAACGGCUUCCCUCGGAUCUGGCUCCUGGUGACAACAUUCGGUACCAGCUGGAAGGAGAGAUUAUUAAGAUGUGGAAUUGGGGCAGCAAGGAAGAUCAUGCGCAGACCGUGCUGAUGCUACCGAGUGGCCGUGAUGCCGGUGACUGGAUUAAUCGGUCGCCCAUAGUGGUACCCGCGUCAAAUCCGCUAGAGUUUACGAUAAUUAGUUAG